ACAUAACAUUUCUUUUUGCUGUCAACAUUUUUUAUAGAUUUAGGACCUUAUAUACGCAUCUAUUCAAGGACAGAUAUACAAGCUUGGAGUUGGCAUUCCAACUAUAUAUACUACAAAGUUUUAUUCUUAGUUCUCACUUCGAACCGUGAAAGCGCGAUGUUACGUUUGAAAUUCUUUUGCAGCCACGGAGACUCUCUCACCACCCUGAUCGGUGGCGGCGGAGUGGCGGGGGGACUGGCGGCGGGUGGCGGAAGGCGGGCUCUGCCAUGCACGGACGUGGACAGUGCUCCGGCGGCCGCCGUCUGCUGGCUGUGGCGCCGGCUGAUGAGCCAGUACCAGUUUCGGAUCCAGAAGCCGGCCUACUACCCGGAUCGCCAGCUGGAAGCGAAGCGUCCCAGUAUAGCCAAAGCCGGCCAGCACUCCCAGCAGCUCAAUGUCCCCGUCGUGAAAGCAGUGAAAAGCCGGGGCAUGCCCAAGGACUACUACUAUCGGGUGCUGGGUGUCCACAGGCAUGCCACCAUCCAGCAGAUCCGAUCGGCCUUCUACGCGCUAGCCAAGCGGUACCAUCCUGACUCCACGCAUUCAGAGCAAAAGCUGAAGCACUUCCAGGAGCUUUCUAACGCCUACAACAUCCUCACGGACGAGACCAAGCGCCUGGAGUACGACCAGCUGGGCGGGGUGAGGGAUGAACGGGCCUUUCUCGAGCAGGCGGGAAAUCCCAUGAAAGUCGACCUUGAGGAGGCGAAGAAACUGGAAUCCGGGAAGUGGUCCAACGAAGAGAUCAACAGGGUGAAGAACAACGAGUUCGACCUUCCGCUCAAGUUCGAGGAGGCGACCGUUGGCUGCAAAAAGCGACUAGAUCUCAAGUACCUGCGCAAGUGUGACACCUGCAAGGGCAAGUCGCAGCUUAUGACGCACCGGGACGUGGGCAAGGAGCCCUGUCGGCGCUGCAAUGGGACCGGGAAGGUGACCACAAAAACGGCCACAUACACUUCGGUAACCACUUGCAACCAGUGCAAGGGCAAACGCUUCACGAACCGAAACGACUGCGAAACUUGCGGAAAUCGAGGUCACGUUAUCGCCAGCGUAGAUGUCAUGGUCCCUGUGCCAGCAGGAUCUAGGGACGGAGAUGUGGUGACCAUCUCCAAUCCAAACAACAAGCAACAGGUAACAUACAAGCUGCAGGUACCCAACAGUGAUUACUUCAAGCGGGUGGGAAACGAUAUACUGACGGACAAGCACCUAAACAUCUCGGACGCCAUCCUGGGCGGAACCUUCAGGAUCCGCGGCCUCUAUGAGACCGUGGAACUAAAGAUUGAGCCCGGAACUCAGUCGCACACUCAGAUGAUCCUUAAGAGCAAGGGCGUGCGCUCCAAGGGGGGUAUAGGCAACCACAUAGUGACACUCAAGGUGCGCAUUCCAAAGAAUCUAUCUGUUAAGCAACGCCAACUGGUCUUGGCUCUGGCUCAGGCCGAAGAACCCCUUUACGAGCACAAAACGAACAAGGAGGCGGACUAAAGUCUCGUCCCGCUACCAAUGUAUAAAAUUCUCAAUGUAUGUGCUUCAGUUUGUUCGAAUACAACUCGGCAGACAUAAAA